GCCACAGCUGCCGGCGCGGCUCUUGUAUGCAGCGGCUCUGCUAGGGCCAGGAGGCCGCGAGAAGUAAGCAAGGGGGCGCUCGCCAACGGGUUUGCCCCCGGGAGAUUGCAAGCUUGGGGGGCGAGCAGUCUAGGGCGUGCAGUGGAAAGCCCGCCGAACUCAGGCCACUCGCCCGCCCGCGCCGCUCGUUUUCCUUGCGAUGCGAAUCAAUGAGCCCGGGCCCGGGGAACAUGGCAACCGGACGCCGGCCCCCCCGCUGUGCCGGCCGCGCGUUUCGGCGUGCCCUGCCCCGCCCGGCCCUGGUGUUUGUGCG